GAAACUAGGCUAGGCAACAAGCGCGCAAAAGGAAGCCCUGAAUGCACACCAAUCUUCUGUGGCUCGUGUAAGCACCGUCAGGGCUUCAAGCUGGUUCCAGGAUUUCCUCUGGAAUCAUUUCUUCCAUCCCGCUUUGAAACUGUGCUAAAAUGUCAGUGGGGAUGGGGGCCCAGGGUGUCCUUCCCGGAGCCAUCGCCCUUUUAAGGGGGAGCUUGAAACCGCGCCUGGGCUCCAUGUUUGUAUCAGAAACCGUGAAGAGGGAACUCCAUGUUGUAACAAAGUUUCCUCCGCCGCUGUCUUUUUUUUCUUCCCCCUCCCUUUUUUGUUUUGUUCCCCCCUCUCCUCUCCCCCGCCCCUUUCUUCCUCCCCUUUCCCCCCUUUUUUCAAUCCCCCCCUUCUUCCCCCCUCUCCUCUUAACCACCAUUGCGACCCAAAUCCGCGAACUCUUGGGGGGAAAACACCCCCCAAAGCGGCGGCGCUGGGAGGAGGACUGGCGGAGAAGGACCCAGAGGAGGGGCGGCCCCGGGGACCCCGGGCUCAUGGACGGCGGGGCCAUCAUCACCCAGGUCAGGCAGGAGGAGCUCCUCCACACGCCCCUCCAGGAGAAAGGAACUCAACACUCAUCACCUUCCAAGAAGCCCAGGAAUCGCAGCAUCUUCCAGUCCCUGUUUUGUUGCGUUUGCCGUGACAACUCAGAGCCCAUCCCUGUUAACAAUAAUGCCCCAUUGCUGGUGGAGGAAAAUGGGUCGGUGACCAAGGCUACUGUCAGAUACCUGCUGCCAGAAAUCAAGCCUCACGAUGCCAGCAAGAUCUGUGUGGUCAUUGACUUGGAUGAGACGUUGGUACAUAGCUCCUUUAAGCCAGUGAACAAUGCAGAUUUCAUCAUCCCUGUGGAGAUUGAUGGGGUCAUGCACCAGGUGUAUGUACUAAAGCGGCCCCAUGUGGAUGAGUUCCUCCGGCGGAUGGGCGAGCUCUUUGAAUGUGUGCUCUUCACUGCUAGUCUAGCAAAGUAUGCCGAUCCUGUGGCUGACCUGCUGGACAAGUGGGGGGCUUUUAGGUCCCGCCUCUUCCGCGAGUCUUGUGUCUUCCACCGUGGCAACUACGUCAAGGAUCUCAGCCGUCUUGGACGGGACCUGACACGGAUCAUCAUAGUGGACAAUUCCCCUGCUUCCUAUGUCUUCCACCCUGAUAAUGCUGUGCCUGUGGCUUCGUGGUUUGACAACAUGGCUGACACGGAGCUUCUUGACCUGUUGCCAUUCUUUGAGAGACUGAGCAAAGUGGACAACGUGUAUACAGUGCUAAAACAGCACCGGACUAGUAGCUAGUGACUGCAGGGAGAGGGGCUUUGGGCAGGGGGCGGAGGGGUGCGUGCCCAUCUCCGUUGCUUUUUUCUUUGGAGCAGGGCAGCCUGCUCCCCCCAGCCUACCCCCUUGGCAGCCUCAGCAAGCAUUGCAAGCACAGGACACCCUGAAGGGGACAGCAGAGAGCACUUAUCCCAUGGGGCACCAGGACAAGGCCCCUCAGUGUCUGAGUGUGACCUUGAACCCCAAGAGGAAAAAUCCUCAGUGCAGUGUUUUAAUGGUUCCCCCUCCCCUUCGUAUUAUAGGGUGUGGGGACCAGGACCUCAGCCCAGUUUCCCCCUUUGUAUCACAUGGGACCAAAAAGUGGUCUUUUCCCCUCCAUCUAAGGUGGACAUCAGAACUGUGCCUCACUCCCUGUUCCACAGGUUGGGGAUACUGCAUACAGAUGCGUGAAAGGUACCCACUACAUCUCAUCAUUAUUCUCAUCUCUUUCCAGAUUCUUUAUAGGUGUUGUCCUAGAUUUCUUGAAAGGGAGGCUAUAGAUGCCUCUACCAUGCUAUUGAUUGUGGUUAUUGAUCGACUAAAAAGGCCACAUAUCCAAGAGAAGUUGGAGGAAGCAGAACUCAUUCAAGGAACAGAGGGCUAAAAAGGACAUAGAGGUAGAGGAUUGAAGGUUUAGAGCAGUGAUUCCCAAAGUGGGUGUUACCACCCCCUGGUGGGCGCUGAAGCGAUCUGGGGGGCGCGAUAAUGGCCACUGGUGCAUUUGGGGGUGAUGAAUAACUGUAAGGGGGCGGUGAAAGCAUAAAAGAAAGAAGAUUUAGAAAAAAUGAUUUCCAGGGGCUAAGCCAAAUAAGUUUGGGAACCACUGGUUUAGAAGGACUUAGCUGCAUCUAUAGAGGAGACCGAUUCCAGCUUCAUCAAAAGGCUCACCUGAUGGUUUGGGCCUGAAGUUUGAGGACUGUAUCUUCCUCAAACUGAAGCUUAAUUUGUAAAGCUGUCUACAGCUAUUAUAAAUCAGUUAUUCCUCUUGGGAUAUAUGCAGUGUAUUGUUCCCCCUUGAAAUAUUUCCUUUUAUAGAGGAAGUUUUCAUAACCAUUCCCAACUGGGAGCCAGGGAGUGAGAUCUAGAGGUUUACCUGGCUUUCUGUCACUAGCAGAGCACAGGAGAUGUUCCAGCAGGAGAAGGGAAGGUGGUUCCACUGUCUACCAAGAUUGUCUGUUUGCCAGAUUGAGCUUGGAGGAUGCCUUCAGAAAUAGGAGACUGGCCCGUCUAGUGGAUAAAACACCCUAGAGGCCUUAAGUAGCUCAAUCUCAGCUUUCCAGCUAACUGGAGGCAAAGACCCAAGCUGGUUCUGUGAUUGGUUUAAGAAAAGACAGAUAGUUUGUGAUAUGAAACACUAGUUAUGAGGAAGGAUAUGUUGAGGAUAAGGGAGAUAAGAUGGACCUGAGACAGUUCUUGAGGUGGUUUGCAGCAGGCUUGAAAAUGGUUAAGAAGAAAGUCAGUACUGAUGGUAGCUCUAACGAGGGAUGAUCAUAUCUAAUGCUGCAUUGGGCAUCUUCUCACAGUCCAGAUAUUGUGUGACUCUUGUUUUCAUGAAAAGCACAGUCAACAUAGGUUUAUGCUGGCUUGGGCUCAUAGGAGUAUUGGGGGGGGGGGGAUAGUUUGACCACUCCAAAUCUAGAACAACCAACUUUGAUCUGGAAUAAAUUCUUAAAAGAGAAUUUAUUCUCUUUUAAAGAGAUUGCUUUGUAGGACCCGAGGAUGUCACGCUCUAAUUGUCCUCAUUGUAAGCUUCUCCAUAUUCCACAGCAGUCUUUAACUUCUCCUAUUGCAGCUUCUCUCGGAGAUAUUUUCUUCAGUUACCUUAACUCUGCCCUCCUGACAAGUGUGACCAGAAGUCAUGGUUGUAUAGGGCUGGACAGGACCAGGGGGUAGUAGGAUUAGCUCUUCUUCUGCUCAAGUAGGUUUUCUUGUUAUGCUAUUGUGCCUUCAAACCCCACCACCAUCCUGCUUGGAUCCAGAACCUGAAAAGCAACUGUUGCUUGUGGGAUGUACUUAAAACUCUGGAUUUAUGGGAUAUGUGGGGAAAAUGUGCCUUUUAAAGAGGUGGUCAAACUCUUGGUGUCAUUGAGAGAAGAUGGAUGUUGUGUGGGUGGUGUUGAUGGGUGAGGACUAGCUUUGAGAAUAGUCCAGCUGCUUCAGGUUCCCAAAAUCAAGAUGACUGUUCAUUGGCUAACCAAGUUUCUUCCCCACCUCCCACUUUAAAGACCCUUGAGUCAGUGUGGAACUGUUUUGGUCUUCAGCCCAGUUCCUUCUGUAAACUAUGGAUGUUGCCUUGGAUUUCUCUCCAGUGCCACUUUGAACACCUUGCAUUUGCCUUACAGUGUGUCUUCUCUGAUUUUUUUUUUGUAUAUAUAUACAAAGUCCUUGUGCCUUUUACUCUUGUUCUUGGCUGUUUUGUUAAAAGAAUGUGAUGCCACAGAUCUUAAGAGCCUUAGCCGAUGUCCGGUGGGAAUGUUUCAGGAAUGUGGCUCUCAGCAGAGACUUGUUCAGUGGUUGGUGAAUGCAGAGCACAAGAAGGGCCACAUUGAAUCUUGCCACAAGGGAACCGUUGAGUUGGCCUUUGUGGCACAGAACAAUGUGACACUUAAACCUUAGUUAUUGACUAUUGCAAUGCAUCAGGAAUAGUUGAAGUACUUCAUGGCUGCCGGACUAAACAUAACCACGCAGGUCCAUUUAGAAAAGUAGUCUAUGUCUCUUACUGUGGAUAGAAAUCUCUUUUAUGGAGGAUUACAUUCUCUCACAGCUACUGCUGGAUCUAUCCUUAAUGAAUGUAUAGUGCCUAGUUUUUAAAAUACACCAAAA